AUGGUAGUGGUAGGAAGAGAAGAGGAGUACUUGAAGCUGGAACGCUAUCUAGACAUGUUUUUUAGCACAGAGACAGGAGGGAUUGUCUACAUAAGUGGGGUUCCGGGAUCUGGGAAGACACACACGGUGUUGAGACUGAUGGAAAAAAGACAGGUCAAGCAUCUGUUCUUGAAUGCAGCUGGGUUGAGGUUAAAAAGGGAUGUUUAUAAGUGGAUCCUCACAAAUCUAUCCUGCUGCACCGAUCCAAAGCGUAUGUAUUUAAAAAGUCUCCAGAAACACUUUAUGGAAUGUAUUUCUCACCAUGUGGUUGUGAUUGAUGAAGUGGAUAUUCUUAUAGGAAGGAGCCAAGAAGUGUUAUACAAUUUGUUUGAUAUGCCAUACCUGGAAAACAGCAAGCUUCUGCUGUUUGUAAUUUCCAAUACAAUGAAUCUUCCCGAGAGACUGUUUGAGCCUAAGGUUUGUAGCCGGAUAGGAGGGAGAAGAGUUAACUUCACGCCAUACACAUCUGCACAACUGUGUGAGAUGGCUGGAAGUUGCGGAGUGAACAAGGGUUGUGUUGAGCUUGUUUCAAAGAGAAUUGGGGGAGUCAGUGGAGAUGCUCGAAAGGUAAGGGAUGUGAUUGAGAGGGUUAAAGAAAGUGAGAGGGGGAGUGAGGCAGGGAUAUUAGAUGUGGACGAUAUUAUGAGAAAAAUGUAUGUUCCUGUAUACACCUACUACCUUCAAAACCUGUCUUCUUAUCAAAAAACCAUUAUAUUUCUGGUUAGCGGAAGCGAGCAGGACAGAAUGAAAACCAAUGAACUUUACGAUGAGUUUGUCUCUUUCUGCAGAAGAUCUGGAAUGAAAGAAGUGGGGUUUUUUGAGUACUUGGAUCUCCUCGAGGUGUUAGUGGACUACGGGCUCCUUGGAGUUAGGAGCUUGGGGAAAGAGAUUCAAUGUAUGGUUCUGCGGGAGGAGGUUGAAAAGAGCCUUGGGUCGGACAAGGAGUAUCUGGAAAUAACCGGGAGGGCGGGGAGUAGAAGAUGUUUUUUGAAGAACUCUGGUUAA